AUGGACAAUCUGAUCAACAAGGGAAAGUCGAUGCUGUCCGGCAGCGGUGGCAGCCAUGGAACUACAGGGACUACCGGAGGACAAGCCUCGGGACAGCAAGGUGGUCAGGACUAUCUCGACAAGGGUGUCAAUGCUGUGCAGGACAAGCUCGGCAUGGACAAGGACCACAAAUAUGACAAGUACGAGGAGAAGGCUACAGAUUUCGCCAGAGGACAGUACGAGAAGAGCUCUGGCAAGCCUGUCAACCCUAAGAAACCAGAUCUCCAACUAGUGUCGCCCCUGAAGAAGGAGAUCCUCCUCUGA